GCGGGACAGCUAGUUAGUGGUGCCUGUGGGGUGCGGUGCUCUUUCUUGGGGCCCCCCUCAGAACUGUAUGAGGGGGCCGUUUUUAUUGCAUUUCAUAGGUCAGGAAUCUGAGGCCCCAGAAUCAGCACGCCCCGAUCACCACACAAGUAUGUUGGGGGGCGCAAGCCCAGCUGCCCACUGUGGAGGGUGACUAGGCGGUAGACGUGACAACCUGCCAGGCUUGUGGGGAGCGGGAGAGCGCUCAUCCGUGAUGCCACGGCCACCCCAGGCCUGCGGGAACUGAGAGCCACGCGAGUCGGCGCCCUUAGCAGCGCCAGACGUGGCUGCCCUGGAGGAGUCACAGUCCAGGGAGGAGGGACAGGGACAGACAAGUGGCAGUGUGGAAACUGGCUUUUUAAGCACGGCACCACGUUUGUUUGACAAACGGAAACCUCUGGCUAACAUACAGAAACGAAAGUCCGACUUCGUGAAGACGUCCUGGUCUAGAGGCCAUUCAGACCCCCUUGCUUUUUAUUUAAAAACAUUAUUUUAGGUGAGAAGAGAUUUCAAAGCCCUCCGCCCAUCCCACAGUAAAGGGACCUGACUGCUCGUCUUGACGCAGAGGCCGAGGAGGCCUGUGGCAGGAACUGUCUUUAACAGUUGCGUUGGCAGAAAGCGCCUCGUUAACGAUGCUCUCUCGUGUGUGACAGGUGUCGGAGAUGGCCGAAGAUGGGAGCGAGGAGAUCAUGUUCAUCUGGUGUGAAGACUGCAGCCAGUACCACGACUCUGAGUGUCCGGAGCUGGGCCCCGUGGUCACGGUCAGAGACUCCUUCGUGUUGAGCAGGGCACGGUCGUCCCUUCCCUCCAGCUUGGAGAUCAGACGCGUGGAGGACGGAGCUGAGGGUGUGUUCGCCGUGACCCAGCUCGUCAAGCGGACGCAGUUUGGCCCCUUUGAGUCGAGGAGAGUCGCCAAGUGGGAGAAGGAAUCUGCGUUUCCGCUGAAGGUAUUCCAGAAGGACGGGCACCCCGUGUGCUUCGACACCUCUAACGAGGAUGACUGCAACUGGAUGAUGUUGGUGCGGCCGGCGCUGGCGCCCGAGCACCAGAACCUGACGGCCUUCCAGCACGGCAGCGACGUGUACUUCACCACGUCGCGGGACAUCCCCCCCGGCACCGAGCUGCGCGUCUGGUACGCCGCCUUCUACGCCAAGAAGAUGGACAAGCCCAUGCUGAAGCAGGCCUGCCCCGGUGUCCACGCUGCAGGCACCCCAGAAAGUGGCGCCCCCGCGGAGGCGGAGCCCAGCCAGUGGGCGUGUAAAGUGUGCUCUGCCGCCUUCCUGGAGCUGCAGCCCCUGAAUGAGCACCUGUUGGGUCACCUGGAACAAACCAAGAGCCUUGCCCCGGCCAGCCAGCACGAAGGGGCUCCCGAGAAGGAGCCAGACGUGUCCCGCGGGGCGUCUCCCUCAGUUCCCAAGAGCGUGGGCACCUCCAAAGAGCAGAAGAAGCCUCGCAGGGGGAGAAAACCCAGGGUGUCCAAACCGGAGCAGCCCCUGGUCGUCAUCGAAGGCCAGGAGCCGGCAGAGCAAGUGGCGGAGAUCAUCACCGAGGUGCCACCAGACGAGCCUCUGACGGCCGCCCCAGACGAGCGCAUCAUGGAGCUGGUUUUGGGGAAGCUGGCCACCACCACCAGCGACGCCGGUUCUCUGCAGAAGUUCCCCCAUCAUCAGGGCAGCAGCCUCGCCCUCAAGAGGAGUCUGGUUCUCUCCGGCCGCCACGGCGCCCGGCGGAAGCUCAGGCAGCGGGGGGACCACCGGCGGGCGCACCAGUGCGGCAUCUGCAGCAAGGUCUUCCAGAACAGCAGCAACCUGAGCAGGCACGUGCGCUCGCACGGUGACAAGCUGUUCAAGUGUGAGGAGUGUGCUAAGCUGUUCAGCCGCAAGGAGAGUCUGAAGCAGCACGUCUCUUACAAGCACAGCCGGAACGAGGUGGACGGUGAGUACAGGUUCCGGUGCGGCACCUGUGAGAAGACCUUCCGCAUCGAGAGCGCGCUGGAGUUCCACAACUGCCGGACAGACGACAAGACCUUCCAGUGCGAGAUGUGUUUCAGAUUCUUCUCCACCAACAGUAACCUUUCCAAGCACAAGAAGAAGCACGGGGACAAGAAGUUCGCCUGCGAAGUCUGCAACAAGAUGUUCUACCGCAAGGACGUCAUGCUGGACCACCAGCGGAGGCACCUGGAAGGGGUCAGGCGGGUGAAGAGAGAAGACCUGGAGGCCAGCGGCGAGAACCUGGUCCGCUACAAGAAGGAGCCGUCGGGCUGCCCCGUGUGUGGCAAGGUGUUCUCCUGCAGGAGCAACAUGAACAAGCACCUGCUGACGCACGGGGACAAGAAGUACACCUGCGAGAUCUGCGGCCGCAAGUUCUUCCGCGUGGACGUGCUCAGGGACCACAUCCACGUCCACUUCAAGGACAUUGCGCUGAUGGACGACCAGCAGCGGGAGGAGUUCAUCGGCAAGAUCGGGAUCUCCUCGGAAGAAAACGACAAUUCCGACGAGAGCGCGGACUCCGAGCCCCACAAGUACAGCUGCAAACGGUGUCAGCUCACCUUCGGCCGCGGGAAGGAGUACCUGAGGCACAUCACGGACGUGCACAAGGAGAAGGGUUACGGCUGCAGCAUCUGCAACCGCCGCUUCGCGCUGAAGGCCACCUACCACGCCCACAUGGUCAUCCACCGCGAGGACCUGCCCGACCCCAACGUGCAGAAGUACAUUCACCCCUGCGAGAUCUGCGGGCGGAUCUUCAACAGCAUUGGGAACUUGGAGCGGCAUAAACUCAUCCACACGGGUGUGAAGAGCCACGCGUGUGAGCAGUGCGGGAAGUCCUUUGCCAGGAAGGACAUGCUGAAGGAACACAUGCGCGUGCACGACAACAUCCGGGAGUACCUGUGCGCCGAGUGCGGGAAAGCUCCCGUGUUGGAAGCGAUGACCGCCAGGGCGGGCACCCUGCUGAGACGAGCUGUCCAGCCCUUAACAGUAAAUCCCUAAGGGCCUCCAACUGCGAGACUGCCGCCUGGCCGCUGGUGGGGUCCUCUCGGAGACCAGCCCGAGGCCCAUCCUUCCCCGUGUCUGUUUUGCAGGCACCGAGGCCUGUGCCUGCUGGAGGGUCCAGGACGCAGGUGUGGGGGGUCCAGGGCGUGAGUGGGCACAGAGGGGGUCCAGU